AUGAAAUGCAGGAAAUGCAAUUCAGACGUCUUGGAAUCAUUUCGCUUUUGUCACCUUUGUGGUACUGUACUUAGUGUGGAAUUACAGAAAACAAAUGGAUCGAAUGUUUCAGAUUCUACGAGUAGCCAAUGUGGAAAAUUCACAACAUCCACAAUUUCAAAUACACCACCUGGUCCACCUAGUCAGCCAAAAACUCCUAUACUUUCCUUCAAUGAAUUUCGGAAACGAAAGUCGGACGAAAGGGUACAGCAUGCGGCAAAAAAGAAAGAAAAGAAUCCUCCAAAGGAAGUUCUAAUUGGAAUAGGAAUAAUGACUUUGACAAAAGGGGAAUUAAAACCCAUGAAAGGCAAAGCAAAGAUGGUCCGAGUUUCUACAACCAUUCGCAAGUUAGAACUUCUUAAGGUGUCAUACGAAAAACACUGUGCACACGAUC